AUGUUUUCAUCUAUCCUUGAUGUACUUGAGGAAAUUACAAAUGAUAGUUUGAAUAGUGACCAAAAAUACGAAGCAUCUAUUAUGUUACAAGUGGUGCAAUCAUAUGACUUUGUGUUUAGUUUGCAUUUGGUAAAAAAUAUACUUGGAAUCACAAAUGAGUUGUCGCAAGUCUUACAAAAAGGUGAUCAAGAUAUUGUGAAUGCCAUGGAUUUAGUUAAAGUAUGCAAGGAGCAAUUACAAAUAAUGAGAGAUAAUGGAUGGGAUUCCUUAGUAGAAGAAGUUUCUAAGUUUUGUGUGGAAUUCAAUAUCGAUGUUCUAAAUAUGGAUGGAAUGUAUUGUGCUCACGGAAAAUCACGACGUAGAGCUCCGAAGCUUACAAAUUUUCACUAUUUUCGUAUUGAUUUUUUCAACAGUGUGAUAGAUUUACAACUACAAGAGCUAAAUAGUCGUUUUAAUGAGGCUAACACUGAGUUGCUACUUUGUGUAGCAUGUUUGUCUCCAAAUAAUUCUUUUGAUGCUUUUGACAAGGAAAAGCUAAUUCGUCUUGCUCAGCUCUAUCCUCAUGAUUUUUCUACAGUGGAUUUGAGGGUACUUGAAUUUCAACUUCAAACUUAUAUUGAUGAUCUGCGUUCACAUACUGAAUUUUCAGAAUUGAAAGGAAUUGCUGACCUUUCAAAAAGAUUAGUGGAGACAAAUAAACAUGAGGUAUAUCCAUUGGUAUAUUUGCUUAUUAAAUUGGCAUUAACACUCCCAGUUGCAACAGCUUCAGUAGAAAGGGCAUUUUCAGCUAUGAACAUUGUGAAAAAUCAAAUGCGCAACAAAAUGGGAGAUGAAUGGUUGAAUGAUAGCUUGACUGUGUAUCUUGAAAAAGAUAUAUUCAAUACUAUUGACAAUGGGACUAUUAUUCAUCGUUUUCAAAACAUGAAAACUUGUCGAGGACAACGUUAA